GGGCAAGUAUUUAUAGGGCAAAAAGGAGGGGUGGGUGAGAGAAGAGUUUGUUUGACAGACCCAGAGUGGAAGCUUUAUCCAGGAUGCCCGAGCCAGCUAAAAAAGCAGUGUCUGCCUUCGCUAAGAAACCCAAGACUCAGACAGCCGAGGUUGGCGCCACUGUGGUGUUCGAGGCCGAGGCCGAGAAGCCCGAUGCCAAGGUGCGCUGGCAGAAGGACGCCAAAGACCUCGCCACCAGUGACAAGUACGACAUCAAGGCGGACAGUGGCAAGCACUCCCUGACCAUAAAGGAUGUUGCCAAAGAAGAUGCGGCAGGAUACUGUGUGAUUGCUGGAGGGUCGAAGGUUAAAUUUGAGCUAAAGCUAAAAGAGCCAGAAGCGGUGAAGGAGGAGGCUGCUCCUGCUCCAGACCCAGCUCCUGCUGAUGCUGCCCCUCCCCCAGCAGAUGCCCCAGCCGAUGGGGCACCUCCAGAGCCAGCUGCCCCUGAAUCUGCCCCAGCUGUCCCUGAUUCCGCCCCAGCUGCCCCUGCCCCUGCCCCUGCCCCAGAGACCAACGGCCAUGGCACAGAUACCAACGCUGACCGGCGCAUGUCUGUGGACACUCGGCAGGACCUGACUGGGCUGUUUACAGAAAAGCCUCAGAGUGGGGACGUCACUGUGGGUGAGAACAUCAUCAUUGUGGCCAAGGUGAACGCAACCUCCCUGUUGAAGAAGCCCACAGUCAAGUGGUUCAAAGGAAAAUGGAUGGACCUGGCCAGCAAGUCUGGCAAACACCUGCAGCUGAAGGAGAUAUAUGACCGCAACACAAAGGUGUACACCUUUGAGAUGCACGUCAUCGGUGCCAAAGCCAACUUCGCUGGAGGCUACAGGUGUGAAGUGUCGUCAAGGGACAAGUUUGACAGCUGCAACUUUGAUCUGACUGUACAUGAGGCUCGUGCAGUGGAGGAGUUUGACAUCCGCGCCGCCUUCAGACGCACGAGCGCAAGUGGCGGUGGAAAAAAGAAGCACGGCGCUGGAAGUAGCAUAGAUGGAAGUGAGGAUGCGGGAGAGCUGGACUUCACCCAGCUACUCAAGAAGAGAGACAGUUCUUUAAAAGCUUCGCCGCGGGCAGUGCAGAGGAGGAAGGACGAGGAGGUGGACGUGUGGGACAUCCUGCAGAAGGCCCCGCCCACUGACUAUGAGAAGAUCGCCUUCCAGCACGGCAUCACCGACCUGCGCGGCAUGCUCAAGCGCCUGAAGAAGAUGAAGAAGCCUCAAGAGAAGAAGAGCGCUGCCUUCCUGAAGAAUCUGGACCCUGCCUAUCAAGUGGAAAAAGGACAGAAGAUCAAACUGGCCAUAGAGGUGGCUGACGCCAACGCUGACGUCAAAUGGCUGAAGAACGGGCAGGAGAUCAAGGCAUCUGGAAGCAAGUACAUCUUUGAAAGUGUGGGAAACAUGCGUUACCUGACCAUCAAUCACUGCUCCUUGGCCGACGACGCUACGUACACGUGUGUGGUAGGAGAGGAGAAGACGGCCACUGAGCUCUUUGUUAAAGAGCCUCCUGUGAUGAUUGUGCAAAACCUGGAGGAUCAGAUGGUGAUGAAGGGGGAGAGGGUGGAGUUUUUGUGUGAGGUGUCUGAGGAGGGAGCCACUGUGAAAUGGGAGAAAGACGGGGUGGAGCUGACCCGCGACGAGGCCUUGAAGUACCGCUUCAAGAAGGACGGGUGUAAGCACUACCUCAUCAUCAACGAGGUCAGCAAGGAGGAUUGUGGCAACUACCGCGUGAAGACCAACGGAGGGGAGUCAGUGGCCGAGCUGAUGGUGCAAGAGAAGGAACUGGAGGUGUACCAGAGCAUCGCAGACCUGACGGUGAAGGCCAAAGACCAGGCCGUGUUUAAGUGUGAGGUGUCUGACGAGAACGUCAAGGGCAUCUGGUACAAGAACGGAGUGGAGGUGAAGGCAGAUGCUCGUACACACAUCACACACAUCGGCAGCCAUCAUAAACUCACCAUAGAUGACGUGAAGCCAGAAGAUGAGGGAGACUACACAUUUGUCCCGGAGGGCCAUGCAUUUAACCUCUCAGCCAAACUCAACUUCGUCGAGGUCAAGAUUGACUAUGUACCGCGCCAGGAUCCUCCAAAGAUCCAUCUGGAUACCAUGGGCAAAACUCCAGAAUCCACCAUAGUGGUAGUAGCCGGAAACAAGCUGCGAUUGGACGUGCCAAUCACCGGAGACCCUGCCCCUACUGUGGUCUGGACAAAGGGUGAGAAGGUGAUGUCGGAGGCGGAUGGGCGUGUCCACGUGGAAAGCACUAAGGGCCACUGCAUCUUCACCAUCGAGGGGGCUGAGCGGCAGGAUGAGGGCGUGUACUCGGUGAUCGUACGGAACCCGGCAGGGGAGGACAAGGCUGACAUCACCGUCAAAGUCGUCGAUGUGCCCGAUCCACCUCAGACUCCCAGAAUCCUCAGCGUCGGGGAGGACUCGUGCGUCGUCGAAUGGGACCCUCCGUCCUUCGAUGGAGGAUCACCAGUGAUUGGUUACGUGCUGGAGAGGAAGAAGAAGAAGAGUUACCGGUGGAUGCGGUUGAACUUUGACCCCCACAAAGACACCACAUACACAGCUAAGCGGAUGAUUGAGGGCAUGGCCUAUGAGAUUAGGGUGUACGCUGUGAAUGCCAUUGGGAUGUCACGCCACAGCACCCCCUCCCAGCCGUUUGUGCCAGUAGCCCCCACCAGCGAGCCCAUGGCACUUUGUAUUGAUGACAUCAGCGACACGACCAUCUCACUGAAGUGGAAACCUCCGGAGAGGGUGGGCUCAGCCGAGCUCGAGGGCUACGGGGUCGAGUACUGCAUAGAGGGCACUCAAGAGUGGAUUCCCGCCUUUGAAGGUCUCACUGACCGCACCUCAGUCAUCAUCCGCAACCUGCCCACAGGCGAGAAGAUGCAGUUCCGCGUGCGAGCACACAACAUGGCCGGCCCCAGCGCCCCCACCAUGCUAGCCCAGCCCGUCACCAUCCGAGAGAUAAUGCAACGUCCCAAACUCUGGAUACCCCGUCAUCUGCGACAGACCCUGGUGAAGAAAGUCGGGGAGUCCAUCAACUUGGUGAUUCCCUUCCAGGGAAAACCCAGACCCAAAAUAACCUGGAAAAAAGAUGGCGAGGACCUGGACUCUAAGGCGGCCAGCAUUCGAAACAGCGAUACGGACAGCAUCCUCUUCAUCCGGAGGGCAGAUCGCAAGGAUUCUGGGAAGUACGACAUCAACCUGCAGAUCGAGAAUGUGGAGGACCAGGCAGACAUCAGCAUUCAGAUCGUCGAUUUACCUGCCGCCCCGCUGAGCGUGAAGAUUACAGAGGUGUGGGGCUUCAACGUGGCGCUGGAAUGGAAACCACCCAAGGACAAUGGCAACUGUGACAUCAUCGGCUACACUAUCCAGAAAGCAGACAAAAGAACCAUGGACUGGUACACGGUUUACGACCAGUACAGACGCACCAACUGUGUGGUGUCUGACCUCAUCAUGGGGAACGAGUAUGUGUUCCGCGCCUUCGCCAUGAACAUGGUGGGCAGCAGUGUUGAGCCCUGCACCACCGUAGAGAGUGCCUUCAUUCAGAAAACAGGCUUUGAGUACAAACCCCCCACCUAUAAGGAGCACGACUUCAAGGAGGCCGCCAAGUUCACUCACCCUCUGGUGAGCCGCUCCGUCAUCUGCGGCUACAACGCCACCCUCAGUUGCGCCGUCAGGGGCAUCCCCAAGCCCAAAAUCUCAUGGUAUAAGAACAGGAUGGACGUUUCCUAUGACGCCAAGUUCCGGACGUUCAGCAAGCAGGGUGUUCUGACGCUGGAGAUCCGUAAGCCCUGUACAUUCGACAGUGGGGUGUACAUGUGCAAAGCGGUCAACGAGGGCGGAGAGGACAUGAUCGAGUGCAAACUGGAGGUUCGCCCCCCACCCAAGGAGGCACCCAAGGAAGAACUCAAGAAGUGAGAGCCCUUCAGUGGCCACUCCUAGUUUUGGACAGACAGGCUCCAGCUGAAGAUGCCCCCAUUGCCCCCUUCUUCCUGUUCUCCUGCACCCCCAGAGGCUACUUCUGCCCCCCUGAGAUGAUGCUUAUCAUGUGACAUUGCUGAAGGAUUUAAUUGAAUGUAAUCCCCCCCUGCACUUCGCCGCUCUUUGUGUUUCAACUCCAUGUUGUACGUAGCUUAGCAUUACCCUAUUAGCAUGACUCCAAGUCACUAUCCUUGUCAUUCUCCAUUAAACCUCCUCUACCAUUACAUUUGUCGGGGUUCUUCAAUUUUCCAUCUUUUGUCCUUAUUGUCUGUCUUUUUGUUUGGUUUUCUGUGCUGAAGGAUUUGUGACAGAGAGAUGAGGAGCCUUGGCAAUUUGUCCUUGGUUGUCCUUUUAAUGCGGAGGGUGGGGGUGGCAGCUAAAAUACAAAUUUUCCUUCAUCUCACCUAGGGUAUAUUUAUUUAUUGCUGCAGUCUAUGAUAAAUAAACUUGUUUUUGUGGAUGCUA